AUGCCAAAAAGCGUUCGUGUUGCAAAAACUACGAAUGAAGUUUUUUGACAGUUCCAUCCCUCAUCUGAACCAUUGACCAUCACAACAUCAUCGCUGCAAAUCAAACUUUAUGUUCCUUUCUGGUGGGAAGAACAAUCAGACAUCUAUCCAUGGUGGUUACCUGAUUGUUCUUCCCACCAGAAAGGAACGAAAAGUUUGAUUUGCAGCGGUGGUGUUGUCAUGGUCGAUGGUUCAGAUGAGGGGUGGAACUGCCCUAGAAAAGAGCUACAACUUUUGUAUGGAGAUUGGGACUCCCGACUUAGGGUUGUGUUAAGGCAAGCCGAUAUAAACCCUUAUUGGUUGUGCAUGGGUGUGGUUCCUUCUUUAUUUGUUCGAGGACCAGGUUUUAUCGAGGAUAAGGUUUCAGUCUGUGAUCUUGGUUCUAAUGAUUUUGAAAUUCUUACCUUUCACGAUAACAUUAAUGAUAGUAGGAGUAAGGGUAUUAACUCACAAAGUGAAAGGGAAAAUGAGGAUGAAAUGAAAUCUUCAAUUAAGGUUCAUGAUUCUUAUGACGAUGAUGUUGGUGAGCAAACUCCAAAUGUUUCCAUUGUUUCUAUUGUGGUUGCCGAUGAUGGCGAUGAAGGUGAAAAUGAAGAAGAUCCUUUGGUUUGCCGUAAAUGA